GUAAAACGAGUUGUUACCUUUAGCGCUGGUCAAAACACACAAUGGCUGCAUUGCGCCGUCUGAAGCAGGGCCGCUCCACGGCCAUCGCUAUUUCUCAACUUCACACAAGCAGCUGUGCCUUUGCCAAACAGCAUUACAAAAUGUUAGUACUUGGAGGAGGAGCUGGAGGGAUUACAAUGAGUGCACGAAUGAAGAGGAUCAUGGGAGCUGAGAAUGUGGCUGUUGUGGAGCCCAGUGAGAUGCACUACUAUCAGCCCAUAUGGACCCUGGUUGGUGCUGGUGCAAAAACUGUAGCUUCAUCGGGUCGGCCAACAGCAAAUGUUAUGCCAUCAGGAGUGAAGUGGGUGAAAUCUAAAGUUCAGGAAAUAAAUCCAGACACAAAUACUGUCCGCACAGAUGAUGGCACUGAAAUCUCCUAUGAGUAUAUGAUUGUGGCUUUGGGUUUACAACUUCAUUAUGAGAAGAUCAAAGGACUACCAGAGGGGUUUGAAUAUCCAAAUAUCGGGUCAAACUAUUCACUUCAAACUGUGGAGAAAACAUGGAAGGCACUGCAGAACUUCAAAGAAGGCAAUGCUGUGUUCACAUUCCCAAAUAGUCCUGUGAAAUGUGCUGGAGCACCUCAGAAGAUCAUGUAUCUCUCAGAUGCUUAUCUCAGAAAGACAGGAAAAAGGGAAAAAGCCAAUAUAAUAUACAACACAUCCCUACCUGUACUCUUCGGGGUGAAGAAAUAUGCUGACUCACUGUGGGAAAUUGUGAAACAACGUGACCUAAAAGUGAAUCUCAGGCAAAACUUGAUCGAAGUACGGGCAGACAAGCAAGAAGCUGUGUUUGAAAACCUUGACAAACCUGGGGAAACCCAAGUGCUUGAGUAUGAAAUGCUUCAUGUCACACCACCAAUGGGACCUAAUUUGGUGGUUAAAAGCAGCCCACUGGGUGAUGAGGCUGGCUGGUUGGAUGUCAACAAAGACAACCUACAGCACAAGAAGUAUCCAAAUGUGUUUGGGAUCGGAGACUGUACCAACCUGCCCACAAUUAGAACGGCUGCUGCUGUCGCUGCACAGUCUGCCAUCUUAAACAGAACCAUCAGCAAAAUUCUGAAAAACGAAAAGCCUGAUAAAAAGUAUGAUGGCUAUACGUCAUGUCCCUUGGUUACAAGCUACAACACAGUAAUUAUGGCUGAGUUUGACUACAAUGUACAACCACUGGAAACGUUCCCCAUCAACCAAGCCAAGGAAAGAAGAAUAAUGUACCACAUGAAAGCUGAUCUGAUGCCUCACCUCUAUUGGCAUGGGCUCCUCACGGGCCUGUGGGGUGGACCGGAACCAUACAGGAAACUCUUUCAUCUGGGAAUGAAAUGAAACCUCAUCAUCAGUUUGCAUAUUAAGAAUUAAAUAUCUUAAAUCUUUCAUAAUCUCUAAAAGGUGGAAGCACAUAGUGGGUUUGCAUUGAUAUUAUUUUGAGCCUGGACAUUAUGACUGAUCAGAGAAAGAUGGAUCAAUGAGUGCAUUUGUAGGAUAAAAAUACUCUUUUUUAUUAGAAAGGGUUGCUUUAUAGUUAGUCAAAUCCAUUAUUCAACCAGCAGUGAGGUUUUUUUUAGCCUAGAGCAAAACUUUGCAGAUUCUUACUCCACGUGCUGGUUUAUUUUUAGAAGUCAGUAGGUUUAAUCAAAAACCAGCAGCCAACUUGAAAUUAGUUGGAUUAAUGCAAAGUUUACUUCUCUGCAGAGAGUACAGUCCAUUUUGCCCACAUUAAUCAAAAACGUGCAAAUGUAAUAUCCACACCCCUUCCUCCUAUAAUUCUACCUAAAGGUGCAGAGUUACUACAAAGCAACAUUAAUAAUAAUCUUUUAACAAAUGUUGCGAAUAUAAUAUAAAUGAAAUGUUUGGCAUUUUAAGCUACAUGUACAUAUACAUUUUAAGAACAAAUAAUCAAACAAUUGACUUUUUACAUUAUGCAAUGCAAAUAUGAACUGUAAAUACAUCAACAUGUAAACUCUCCUUUCAAUUUCUUUCAAAUCUGCUGUUUUAUAUAUGAACUUAAAUUUAAGUGGAUAAUCAGGCAUGUAGAGAGUGGAGCCACAGAGUUUUAUGCCCUACCUCCUUUUCUCCUUCUUGGUAUUUUUAUCAGUAAUAACUUUGGAAAAGGACAAUUGCUCUGUAUAAUUUUUUUAUUUCAAUGUAAACCGUUAAAAUGUAUGAAGUGGUCCUGUGGAUUUUUUUGUGAUGUGGAUUCACAAGGGGAAUCGUUACAGCUAAGGCUUCAUUCUUCAAAAACCUACAAUAGUGAAAAUCAGUCAUAUGAAGUAUCUCAUCAUUUUAGGACUUAAAUAGUCUUGUUUGUUUCCAUCUUGAAUGCUAAAUGUCUUAUUUCUUUAUUCCAGCUAUAACUCUACAAUAAUCUGCGCUACCAAAAGGCUUAUAUAUUGGUAUAAAUAGUUAUUCUUGGGCAUUACAGACUAUUAACAUGUAAUUUAUCACAAGUGCUUUUUUUCUUAAAUGUAAAGAUGAAUAUUAGAAACAAUUUUGUACAUGAUGAUUGUAUUUUUAUAUCAGUUAUUAACAUCUUCUUGGUGAUACAUUCAGUGCUUACUUCAUUGUUGCCGUUUAAUCACAAAAAUGAAUGUACACUUACAAGCUUUCUUUUAUUUUGCUAUGGAAGUCAAACAGAAGUUGCUGAUGAUAAAUAUAUGAUCAUAAAUAAUAAUGAUCAUGAAUAUAUUCACAAUAGAGUUUUAACUUUGUUGCACUCACUAGUGUCUUAUUUUUGCUGCAGUGUGGUGUGUGUACUUUCCUGCAGCUCUGAAUAAUAUCACUAUCAAUCUGCAAUUUGAGUAGAGCCUUUGCUGCACAAGAGUCCACAAGCUUAGUGUCCAAACAUGAAACCUACAAUCUACUAAAUUGGCCGUGACUGUUUGACCAUGUUUGGGAUGCAAAUGUAAAUUGAUUUUUAUCUUGAAGCACUGCACUGAUGCUUUCCCACGAUUUUGCUCAGUUGAUUAUACACCAUUGCACUUUAUAUUACUGCCAACCAUUUCUCCUAGUUUUACCAUUGUUUUGGGAUCGUUCAGUGCCUUUGUCCUUCCUUCUAGAACAAGACUCCUAUUAAAUGAUUUGUUCAUGCAAACAUGUUGGCACUAGUCUGUUACUAGUUUGGAUAUUUCCUAUGCAAGAAAAACAAUGGAGUGUUUUUCCUGCUGAUAAAUUGUAUUUGGCUCUCAUGAUUCAGCACCCUCUAUUAAUAACAGUUGAGUGUGCUGAUUAUGCUGAUUGUUAUUAUUGUUGCCUUCCAGUAAGUCAAGUGCAUGGCAGCGUGGUAUUACAGUCAUCCUGCAGACUGUGGAACUUGCUUUAGAAUUUAAUUUACCGAAUAAUUGGUUUUCAUGGCCAUAGACUUACAGCUGAAAAAAGGGUAUUUGAAGUCUCUUCAUUGUUGGUGUGAAGCUGCCAACAGACAUAGACCUAGUCCCACAUUCUUUGACAGAUAAUUCAAAUUCUAAGGAGUUGAGCCAGCAGCAAUCACAUGCAUUUUCAUCAGGAAAUGCACAUUAUACUUUGACAUAUGCAAAGCUUUUCAUUUGAUGCUUGAUGUAAUUUAAAUUAAAGAUCAU